AUGCAGCUUGGGGUGAGGCAAGUCGGGGUAGCCCUCGCCCCAGGGGUGGGGUGUGGGGGGCUGUGGAGGGAUACCAUUCCCAUUCUCACGGAAUCUUCUCAGAGCAGCGAGGGCCGCCCACUCUGCAAACCAUGCUCCCUCCCCUGUCCCUCUAGCCCAGCACAGGGUGUACCCCAGGCCGAUCCCUCGCGGCCAGCAGCACCCCGAGAGGGAAGCUGGGAGCUGUCAGCGCCCCCUGGCCCCUCACUCGGCCCCGGUCGAAGCCUGGAGGACGGGGGCUGUUACCCUGGCGCCCGAGAAAAGUUUGCUGCCAAGUCGCUGCAGGCGGACAGCGGGCGCAAGCAGCGGGUGUGUCGGUCCAUCUGCGCGCACCCUGCAUGGACAGCGCCAGACACGUCGGCAGGACCACGUCCGCGGGCGGCGCGCCUACCGGGCCCGGCCCACAAAGACCCGCGGUGGCUGGGGCACGUGUCUGCACAAAGACCAGCCUUUGUCUCCGGACGCCGAGUCCCCGAGGGUGCCAGACCCACCUGGAAGCAGAGCCACAGCCGCCUCGCACGCUCACACCCGCUGCGCGGCCGCCAAGCCGCCUCCAGCCACUUUUCACCGCGCGGCUCUGCCCGGCCCCGCCCCAAGCCCAGCCUGGCCCCGCCCCCAGGCCCAGCUUGCGUCCGCCCCCGAGGCCGGCCAGCUUGGCCCCGCCUACGCACCCUGCCCCGCCCCCAAGACAAGACAGGUCCUUGUCCUAUAGCAGCCGAGCUGUCUGGCCCCGCCUCCCGCUACGGCCCCGCCCCCAGCCUCGGCCUGUGCACACUGGCUGCCGCGCGGACCGCCCCGACCGCCAAGAGGGAGUGUCACCAAAGUGCUACUUUGUCCCGGGAGUGGACACCGAGCCCGGGUUCCGCCCUAGGGAGCGUCGAGCAAGUGUUGUCGGGGUGCCCGCUCUACCCCGCCCGCCCUACCCGGCCCGCCGGCUCCCUGCUUCCUGAAGUCGGGAUCCCGGCCUUACCCCGUGGCGUCCAGCCGCCGCCAUACAGAACAAUGUUGUGCGAGAAAGACUCCCCUUUCCUAGAGCUCAGCUCCCUUCCCCCAUUUCCAUCUAAUGGCGAAAGGUCCAGAGACCGCAUCUGCCUGCCUGGAGUCGCAGCACUACCCCGAGGCCUGGGGCGGCAGUCAGGUCUGCUUCCCCCCUCCCACGCUCCCCUCACAAGCCUGGCUCCUGUGCGGUUCCGAGCGGCCCUUACCUGGGCUCGGUCCAGCAGGUCCUGCCGGCUGUCAAGCCCUUUGCUGAAAGUCUUCUGAAUCCUAUUCGUUUUGUUUCCAAGAGCCUCCAGGAUCCUUCCCCCCCCCCCCCCCCAGCUGCACUUUCUUCUCUCUGGCUGUCAAAUGCUGGCAGAUCUAAAGUUAACAGAGCACCAAAGCCACAUGAGGAAAUAAUAGAAUAGAAGCACUGGAGGAGAAAACA